UAUACGUGUACUGUACAGGUUUAACAUGGAGCCUAUUAGCAGUCGUAUAAGAAUACAGAACAUAGCAGACGAGACGAAGCGGACGAAGGUAGAAGAUAUUCUGAAGCCACAGAGUCUGAAUGAUGCAACUAUUCAAAAAAUAAUGGAGACGUUCGAAGACCAGAUUUCCCUCGCUAAUACAAUGGACCCAGAAAAAAGAAAACAGUCGAAUUUGCUAUGGGAGUGUACUUAUGUACGAAAUCUUUUGAAAGGGGAUGAGAACGGUGAUUACAUCGGUCUAGAUCUUGGUGGAACAAACUUCCGUGUUGUUAGAGUCGUGAUGAAAGACGGGGUGGCUACCACGACCACGAAGUAUUAUAACUUAGACGACAAACUUCUGUCGGGCCCUUGUAAAUAUAUUUUUGACCAUAUUGCUGAGAGUUUGGAACAAUUUUUACAAGAAGAAAAUAUCACAACAACUGGUCCACUGCCUACUGGUUUCACCUUUUCCUUCCCCUCUGAUCAGAAGUCUUUAAAACACAGCAUCCUUCUAACAUGGACCAAAUCUUUCAAAUGUCUGGACGGACCAGGGAUGGAUGCUUGUGUUUUGUUGGAAGAAGCUCUUGCUAGGAGAAAGGAUAGUAUGCCGGUUGAGCUGGAUGUGAUGGCAAGAAUCAGUGAUACUACUGGGGCGUUAAUGGCAGGAAACUACGUGGACAAAAAUUGUCGAAUUGGAGUGAUUCUUGGGACUGGUUCAAAUGCUUGUUUUGUUGAACAUCUGGAAAACUUUAACAAAUUCAUAUCCACUGAUCCAAAUACAAACCAGAUUUUGGUUAAUACGGAAUGGGGAGCAUUUGGUGACAAUGGCUGCUUAGAUUUUUGUAGAAAUGAAUUUGAUAAAGAAGUGGACUUGCAUUCAAAUCAUCCAAAUUCAUUUACAUUUGAGAAAUCAUUUGGAGGGUUAUACCUUGGAGAGCAGGUGCGAUUGACUCUCGUCAAGCUUAUAGAGGGAGGGUGUCUAUUUAAUGGAAAGUCCUCCCCGGAGCUGAUGAAAAGAUGGGGGUUUACUACCUCAAACGUUACAUCCAUUGAAGCAGAUAAUGAGACUUCGGAGAGAACACUGUCAGUCCUUCAGGCCUUUGGUUUGGCAGACAUUGCAACAGAGGAGGAUGUGUCACUUGUGAGAGAAGUUUGUGCCAUAGUGUCGGAGAGGGGGGCCAAAAUAGUGGCAGCUGCAUUAGCUGUUCUUUUGAACCACAUACACUUGCCUGAAGUAACGAUUGCUUUUGAUGGAUCUUUGUAUGAGAAGCACCCAAAGUAUAGGGUCCACAUAGCAGAUCUUUUAGCUAAACAAGUCCCAACUACAAAGACAAAGUUGAUUUUGGUAAAAGACGGAAGUGGACAGGGAGCAGCAUUUGUGGCCGCUGUAGAAUACAAACAGCCUUAAACUAACCAAGGAAAUACAUAUUAAUCACCGGAAAGAUACAUCUUUACUACUGAAAUAUGUAACACUUUAAAAAGAAUAUGUAAAAAAAAAUAUUUUUCAUUGUAGAGAGUCACUAAGCACAUCAUGUCCUAAUUUUCAGUAUGGAUUGUUCUUUUUUCCCAAAACGCUCGUUUUUUUUCAUUUAUGUAUUUCGGGGGUAUUUUCUCACUCAAAACAAAUGAAGAGUGGAGUGACUGUGUCAUGUUGUCUCCAUAUAAUGAACACACUAUUUCUAUUCGUUUAUCAUAUGUCUGGGGGAAAAGUCAAAUUUUAUAUGGUCAAGUAAAAAACUGAAAGCAAAUGAUGCCUGAACGCAUCUAAUGAUUAUCUGUGCAGACAUUAGCAAACUGAGUCAAAUGUUAAAUCUCAGCUAAUAGAGAACGACGCCUAUAACAUUUCCAAAACAGAAAACAAGAGUAGAAAUUGGUAAUAUCAGAAUGAGAAACUAAAAAUAUAGUAGUAGCAUUUUGAAUAAAUAUCAGAGAUUAUUAUAUUUUCAGUAACCAUGACAACAUGUUCAUUGACCCCAAAAAACAAUAAAAAGAACAAUGUAUUGGUGUAGUCUGAUUUGUACAUAAAAAUUAAUUGAUAUCAGACUAAAUCUGUAGGAGUGGCAUUUUGAGAAUUUCCACUGUAUUUUAUUUUACUACCAAUGGUACAUGUAACAUUGCUCGCCGAAUCAAUCUAUUUGUGAAGAAAGUUUUAUUCAAAUUAAACCAAAACUGUAGAAUGAA